AUGCUGCGGGGCAUUCGCCAAGAGGUCCAGGCAAUCCUGCGCUGCCAGCUCCUCGCCGGCGCCGCACCUCAUGCGACUCUUGAGAAGAUGGAUGCGAUGCGCCUGGGCAUGGCGCACGCCUACUUCAAUGUGCUGGUCUUCGUGGUCGUCUUGCUCAUGAUGGUGUCCCAGCGUGUGAUGUUGCUUGAACUUCCUGGCCUGGUCUCCUCAGUCUUCCGAUGGGUUCUCCUAUUCCUCUUAGCGGCCUGCACUUUGCACUUCCUGGUGCCUUCACUGCUGUCGACCAAGACGUCGGAUCUUUGGUACGUUCUGAUCAUGACCUCCUGCAUCGUCGUUGCCGCCGCGGCGCCCGUGGAGCCGGAUGGUUUAGCCUUAAAAAGGGGGCGCGAGAUGUUGAUCUCGAGUUUGAGCUCUCUGCUAAGGGAUGUUCAUAGGGUAGGUUAUGAUCUACAUCUGACUUCUGAGAAGUUGCAUGUUUUGCCGGCAGCCUCCAAAGUCCGUUGCCCCGAAAAAGGUUAUGAUCUAAUUAUGUGGAAAAUGUUGGUGUUUGGCAAAUGCACUGUUUCGCCACCUCGUGAGGAGUCUUACCUGAUCAAUGAGACCGUUAUCCUUACGGUCAUCUGCCGUAUCCCCGUUGUUCUCGCGUCGCGCCGGCUUUGGUUGGUAUGUUGCGCCAACCUGGCCUACGCGUGCUGCUUCCUGUCUUUGGGUUCAGGGUUAGUUUAG